UUUCCCUCCCGCUUUCUCCACAGCUGAUUCACUUGUUCUCGCCACCUCCAGACUCUCCAGCUUUCUGUCUUCUGCUUUCUCUCUUCUAUUUCUUCGAAAACACUCGCUUCGUCUCUCUGUAUUAGAAGGAAAAUGGUGAGGGCUCCCUGCUGCGAUAAAAAGGGACUGAAGAGGGGGAGGUGGACGGUAGAAGAGGAUGAGAUACUCGUGAACUACAUUGCAGAAAACGGAGAAGGUUCAUGGAGGUCGCUUCCUAAGAAUGCAGGUCUGCUGAGGUGUGGGAAGAGCUGUAGGCUGCGAUGGAUAAAUUACCUAAGAUCUGACCUCAAAAGAGGAAGCAUAUCCAAGGAGGAAGAAGAGAUCAUUAUAAAGCUUCAUUCCAGCAUUGGAAACAGGUGGUCUGUGAUAGCCGCGCAGCUCCCUGGACGAACCGACAACGAGAUUAAAAACUACUGGAACUCCCACCUAAGCAGGCGAAUUCACUGUUUCCGGCGGCAUGGCGAUAGCGAGACCUUCAUCUAUGAUAUCGGCAAAAUUCCGUCCCCCGGCAAGCGGCGCGGCGGACGCACCAGCCGUGCCGCCAUGAUGAAGAACUCAAUCCUCAAGGUUUCAGGUAGCAUUAGAAAAGAUCAAACUAAUCAGGACCCGAACCAAAUAAUGAAUAACACCGACAACAACCUUUGCAUUGCUUCUUCUUCCUCUGCUCUAACGGAGAAAGAAAACAGCAGCUCAACUUUUGACUUUGACUUUGAUUUUGAGGAGGUUUUGGGUCCUAAUGGUGAUAAAGAUGAAGUGAGCUUAGAAGAAAAUGAGAUAAUCGAGAGCAGAAGUGACGACGGCCCUUGUGCUGCUCAAAAGGAAGUAGAGCUGGCUAUGGAGGGGAAGGAGUCAGGCACUGUGAUGACAGAGAUGGAGAAAAUGCUAAAAUGGGACUUGGAAAGCUUGGAGGCUAAGUUGUGGGAGGAAGAUGGGAGUGAAAUGUGGCCUUGGUUCUAUGAUGUUAGCGGCAAUAGUAGUUUUGAUGAGGAGUCUUUGUGUUCUUGGCUUCUUGCAUGAAUGGGGACUUUUUGUUGAUUCUCUUUUCUUCCUUGAUCUAGGUGUUUAAUUAUUUCUGUGGUAAGCUUCAUGUGCUUUUUGUUAUAUUGAUCAAACUUUGUAAUUAUCAAUGAAAUUUGGGGCUUUGGUUAAAACAUUUUAAUA